UCUUAUUGGUGGUAUGACACGUCACCUGCAUUCUCUGACCAAACAAACAUACGUAGAUACUCCUUAAUUAGCUCUCUUGUCUUUCUACUUAUAUAUGAAGCUAAUUUAACUACACAGAUCUCUGUCAAAACGAAUAUUUUUCAGAUGUAUACAUAAACACAUUAUGUAAAAAAACCUCUCCUCUUUUUCUUUUUUCUUUUUGUGUGUGCCAUAUAUAUAGUUUGGCAAAUUACAUAUUGUCGUUUGAAAGUUUCAGUAUAUGUCAAUCGUUGUAAUCUAUAUCAGAUUGCAUACUGCCCUAAAAAAAAAAACGAAAUCUAUCCUCUGCUUUAAUUAUAAAAUUUGAUGGAUUCGUUCCAAAAUCCAAUCCCUCGAUACCAGAAUUAUAACUUCGCAAGCAGCUCGUCUCAUCAUCAACAUCAACAUCAACAUGAUGGCUUAGUGGUGGUGGAGGAUCAACAACAAGAAGAAAGCAUGAUGAUAAAAGAACAAGACAGGCUACUUCCGAUAGCAAACGUAGGAAGGAUCAUGAAGAACAUUCUCCCACCAAACGCAAAGGUCUCCAAAGAAGCCAAAGAGACUAUGCAAGAAUGUGUCUCCGAGUUCAUUAGCUUCGUCACCGGAGAAGCAUCCGAUAAAUGUCACAAGGAGAAGCGAAAGACCGUCAAUGGAGACGAUAUCUGUUGGGCUAUGGCAAAUCUAGGGUUUGAUGAUUACGCCACCCAGCUCAAGAAGUACUUGCAUCGUUACCGAGUUCUCGAAGGUGAGAAACCUAAUCAUCAUCAUGGCAAAGGAGGACCUAAAUCCUCGCCGGAUAAUUAAUUCUUCCAUCGGUUUGAUUUCCCUUAAUUCUCAUGUCAUCUUUUUACUUCUCCAACCAGCUUCUUCUAUCUUUUCAUAUAUUGUUCCACAUAUAUAAAUAAUUAUAACAUGUGUGUGGUUUGAGGUACUGAACAAAUUAAAUCUGUGUUAAUUCUUCCU